AUGUCGUCCAGACCCUGCAAAGUCUUGACGCCAGAGGACGUCUCGCACUUCAUGGAGCACGGCUACGUCGUGAUCCCGGGGUGUUUCAGCCGGGCGGCGUCGGCCGAGUGGACGCGAGACGUGUGGACGCGACUGGGGAUGGACCCGCACGAUAAGACGACGUGGACGCGCGAGCGCACCAACAUGCCGGAGCACCGACGGCUGACGGUGGCCGAGUUCGCGCCCAAGGCGUGGGACGCCAUCUGCGACCUCGUGGGCGGCGAGGAGCGCGUCACGGACAAGAGCAAGACCUGGAGCGACUCGUUUAUUGUGAACCUGGGCACGCCCGAGGGCGAGGGCAAGGAGGUCGGUCCCAAGGAGCUGGAGGGGUGGCAUGUCGAUGGCGACUUCUUCAUCCACUUCCUCGACUCUCCGGAGCAGGCUCUGUUGGUGAUUCCCUUGUUCACCGACAUCCUCCCCAACGGCGGCGGCACAUGGAUCUGCACUGAAGGACCGGCGCGAAUCGGCAAGUGGCUUUAUGACCACCCCGAAGGCGUCACGCCGCACAUGAUGCCCGUCGACUCUCCAGAACCGACCGCCGACCCAGGCCUGAAAUUCUUCAACUCGGUCGUCCAGGAAUGCGCCCCGUCGUCCUUCCACGAAAUGACCGGCCAAGUGGGCGACGUGAUCCUGCUGCAUCCCCUGAUGCUGCACUCGGCGUCCAAGAACGGCCGCCGGCUCGCGCGCAUCAUCACCAACCCGCCCGUGAGCCUGAGGGAGCCGUUCAGAUUUGACCGUGGCGGCGAGAGCGAGAGCGAGAGCGUAAGGUCGAGCGCCAACGCCAACGCCAAUACCAACGCCAGCAAAGGAGACGACGACGACGACGACUACUACUACUACUCGCUCGUCGAGCUCAAGACGAUCCGCGACCUGGGCGGGCGCGAGAAACUGCGCGGCUGGAAAGUCACGGGCGAGCGGAGAGCCGUCGUGCCCGAGAGGUUGCGCGUGCAGGCCCGGUGGAUGGAGGAGGAGAACCGGCGGCUGAGGGAGCAGGGUGUCGACUAUGCGGAUCGCACACUGACAGAGGACAUGGUCCGCGAGCAGGCCAAGGGCUUGUUGGCCGUGGCUUGA